AUGUCUUCCGAGAACAUUUUCUUGAUCUGGGGUGGUGAGGGAUGGGUCGCCGGCCACCUGAAGACUCUCCUUGAGAGCCAGGGUAAGCAAGCUCCCACAGGCACUACAAUUGAUUCGCAGAAGCUCACUAUCAAGACAGGAAAGAAGGUUUUCACGACUACCGUUCGCAUGCAAAACAGAGAAGCCGUCAUCGCCGAGAUCGAGAAGUACAAGCCAACCCACAUUCUCAACGCUGCAGGGUCAACUGGCCGUCCCAAUGUCGACUGGUGUGAAGACCACAAGGAGGAGACCAUCAGAAACAACGUUAUUGGUACCAUCAAUUUGGCUGAUGUUGCCUAUGAGAAGGGAAUCCACGUCACUGUAUUUGCUACCGGCUGUAUUUACCUCUACGAUGAGACCCAUCCAAUUGGCGGCCCGGGAUACAAGGAGACUGACAAGGCCAACUUUGCUGGAUCUUUCUACUCCGAGACCAAGGCAUACGUUGAGCAGAUUAUGAAGCACUACUCCAAUGUUCUCAUUCUCAGACUCCGCAUGCCAGUCAGCGACGACCUCCACUCCCGUAACUUCGUUACCAAGAUCGCCAAGUACGAUCGUGUCGUUGAUAUCCCCAACUCCAACACCAUCCUCCACGAUCUCCUCCCGGCCGCAGUUUUGAUGGCCGAGCACAAGGAUACUGGAAUCUACAACUUCACCAACCCAGGUGCCAUCUCCCACAACGAGGUCCUCUCCCUGUUCAAGGAGUUCGUUCGCCCAGAAUUCACCUGGAAGAACUUCACAUUGGAAGAGCAAGCAAAGGUUAUCAAGGCUGGACGAAGCAACUGCGAGUUGGAUACUACCAAGUUGGUCAACAAGCUCGCAGAGUACAACUUCAAGGUGCCAGAGAUCCAUGAGGCUUACAAGGGCUGCUUCCAGCGCAUGGCCAAGGCUGGUGUCAAAUAG